GAAUCUGAACAAUUGACUGAAACUGAACAGUUCGCUGAACAAGUGACUACAACUGAACAGAUGACUGAAUCUGAAAAGCUGUUACAAGCUGAACAAGUGACUGAAACUCAACAAGUGACUGAAACUCAACAAGAUAAUGAAGCUGAACAGGUGUUUGAAACUGAACAUGUUACUGAAACUGAACAAUUGCCUAAAGCUGAACAUGUGACUGAACCUGAACAAUUGACUGAGACUGAACUGUUCGCUGAACAAGUGAUUACAACUGAACAGAUGACUGAAGCUGAACAGCUGUUAGAAGCUGAACAAUUGACUGAAACUCAACAAGUGACUGAAGCUGAACACGCGACUGAAGCUGAACAUGUGACUGAAUCUGAACAAUUGAAUGAAACUGAAAAAGUCGCUGAACAAGGGACUAUAACUGAAAAGGUGACUGAAACUGAACAAGUUAGUGAAGCUGAAUUGUUUAAUGAAUCUGAAAAAAAGACUGAAACUGAAGAGGGCACUGAAACUGAAUUUAUGACUGAAACUGAACAGAUGACUGAAACCGAAGAAGUGACUGGAGCUGAACAAGCUACUGAAGCUGAACAAGUUACAGAAUCUGAGCUGUUAACUGAAGUUAAACAGGUGUCUGAAGCUGAACAAGUGAAUGCAACUGAACAAGUUGCUGAAGGUGAACGAGUUACUGAAUCUGAAGAAGUGACUGAAGGGGAAUAUGUAACUGAAACUGAACAGGUGACUGAAACUGAACAGGUGACUGAAACUGAACAGAUGACUGAAACUGAACAGAUGACUGAAACUGAACAGAUGACUGAAACAGAACAGGUGACUGAAACUGAACAGGUGACUGAAACUGAACAGAUGACUGAAACUGAACAGAUGACUGAAACUGAACAGGUGACUGAAACUGAACAGGUGACUGAAACUGAACAGGUGACUGAAACUGAACAGAUGACUGAAACUGAGGAGGUAAAUGAAGCGGAAACAUUUUCUGAAAUUGAACAAGUAACAGAAGCUUGGCUAGUAUCUCAGGCUGAACAGAUGACUGAAUCUAACGUUUUUACUGAAACUAAAGAUUUUACUAGAACGGAACAAGUGACUGUGACGGAACAGGGUACUGAAACUAAUCAGGUGACGAAAACUGAAACGUUGAAUCAAACCGUAGAGUUUGAUGAAACUGAAAGGAUAACAGCAAAUGAACUCUCUGGUGAAAUUCAAAUAGCUUUAGCAGCAGAAUCUUAUUCACAAAUCGAACAACUCGCAGAAGACACUGCGGAAAGAAAGCUUGUCAGUGAAAUGGAGUUGAGUAAAAAAGAAGAACUUCGCCUAGAAACUUUAGAAAAUGAAGGACAGGGUUUGGACAUUGAAAUAACUGAUUGCAAUCGGUUAAGGGAGAUUAUAGCAGCUGAAAGUAGUGAAGAACGCGAUGACGAAAGACAUGGAGAUGGACAGUUUUCCAAUGCAACGGAAGAUUAUGAAAUCACCAACAACGUGGAAAGCCUUGAACUAGAAAAAACAACCAAACAAGUUGUCGAUGAUGUCUCACCCAAAGAAGACAUCCGCAAGGCUUCAACUGAAUCAUCACAGGUAACUGGAUGUGUAACAGUUUUUGACAUUUCAACAAUUGAAGAAGGAGGUUAUGAUCUGAUCACAGACGAUUUUGAGUUCAUUAAUGUCGAUACCUGUAAGGUGCAAGGAUUAUCCGAAGCAAUAUCAAGUCCAGAGGAAGAGUUAACUGACCAAAGACAACUGGAGGCCAUAGAAAAGUCAACAUUUGUUGAGUCCUUGACCACGGAUUCUGGGGCAUUCUUUCAAAGCUCAUCACAAGCCGAUGAUGCAACUGACCAACAGGGAAACACGGAUAAUGACGAUCUGUCAGAUGACAUUUCACAGUCUGAAACUAUAGAAUCUCUGAUACAUGAAUGUAAUUCUAACAUAAUUUCAAAGGAAAAGGCCGUGAUCAAGGAAUCAUUCAAAGAAACAGCCGAGAAAGAAACCAGAACAGCCUAUUAUGAACAAGUAGAAAAUUAUGAAGACAAAGAAGAUGAAAACGCUCAAGACAAAAUAGGAGAAGAUGAAGGAACGGUAGAAGAAAUUGAAGGAGUAAAUAAAGAAAAAGAACACUUACUAGGUAAAGAAGUAGUAGAAAAAGAAGUAACAGAAAAAGAGCCAAACGUUUUGGAAGUAGUCAGUGGAGAAGAAAGUGGAGAAGAAGUAAGCAGUGAAGACGAUGACAGAGAAGAAGUAGAAAAGGAGCAAUGGGAAGAGAAAGACGAGAAUGAGACAUAUGAGGUAAGUGAAAAUGAGUGCAAAUCAUCUGAUAAUGAACUAGACAUUAAAGUAGAUUUAGAUUACCAAAAUAGGCUGGAGAAUGACCAAACCUCUUUCCAAGUUAUUUGCACUGAUAAUAACCCAUUUAGUGACUUAACGCCAUCUAGUGCGAUGGAAGUCCCAGCAUGGCUUCUGACUUGUUCGGAAGUCAUUGACCACCAAGGAAUACAGCCUGUUGAAAAUGAUUUGUUGAAUAGAGCUGCAACUCCCGAGGCCUUCCUGGAAGAUGAAUGGAUCUGCCCGAGUCUACAACAGAACUCAACCAGAGAGCCGAAUGAUGAUGCACCGUUCGUUAUACCGGAUUUCGGAAAAAGCUUUGCAAACGACAAUGACGUUGAUUUGGGCAAAGAUCACGUUGUCAGUGACCCAAUCAUUUAUUCAGAUCCCGGACACGAGGAUGACAUGUUUACUGAUGUUUUCAAUGAGUCCAUUGUGGAGGAUUCUCAGUCGUUACCACAGGUUCUUCAGCAUUUGUCUAAAAAUCCUGAUAACCAUAAAAAAUGGGAAGAUGGUGUCGAACAUGGGGAAGACGAACAUAUUCAGAGAAUGGAAGAAGAAAUUCAAAGGGAAGAAGAGAGUAUUGUACGCAAACUAGUAGACCCAGAAGGAAAAGAAGCUCGUGAUGAAGAAAAAUCAGUUUCCUUGAGCUACGGAAGCGAUUUGCCCGAGGCUGAACGUAACAUCGAAGUAGCACACAAAUCAACAGAAGAGACUCAACAGUUGGUUACACUGGACCAUACACGACAUCCAAUAAAUAAAGAGGAUGAAGAUGAUGAAGAUGCUUACCAAGAUGACGAAUUCGAAACUGAUGACGAAGAAACAGGAAGUGAGAGGGAAUGGGACACAUUGGAAACACAAGAAAUGUGUCCAAUGAAUGGAGAAGAACAAGUAUCAGAUGUAAAAAAGAUAUCAGAGGAAGGGGAUGUAAUAGAAGCAGAGGAAUUAUAUAAGGAAGCAGAAACAUCCAAAGAAAAUGAAUACAGCAGUGAAGUAGACAAAGUGGAAACAAGAAAACAAUUUGAUCCCUUCAUCCUUAGCGAAGCUUCUUUUCUUCAGUCAAAAUCCAUUGAUAUUGAAAUCUCUGAGAAAACUGAUAUCCCUGAAGAGUUUGAAAUGGUCUUAAAAAACCAAACAGAGUCCCUUGCCAUUGAAGACUCCCAUGUUGAUAAUGAUGAUUCCAAAGAUUCACCACACUCACAAGAGCUCACAAAUGUGGAAAUAAUUUCUCAAAGUGAUGUCAAUGACUCUGAAGGAAGUAACAUAGAUACAUUUCUGGGUGAAUCAGAAAUUACUUACACUAUGUUAGGGUCUGAACAUGAAGAAAAUUUACCUGAAACUAAAUUGCCGUUGGAUGAAUCUUUUGAGUUUCUGGAUGGCAAGACUUCAUUUAUGAUUGAAGAAAGCUCGCCUUUAGACUCGGAAGAUGAAGGAAUCCACAUAUUGUCACCAACCUUCCAAGAAGAAAAAAACAAAGAUUAUUCGAAACAAGAUAUACAAUUUUCUGAGUUAGUAAUUAGCGAAGACAGCUCAAAAUCACUUCACCAAUGUCAGCAAUUUGUAACUUCGGAAGAAACUCCUACUUCAUACGUGGCCCAUCAAUCAGAUUCAGACCAAAACACUGAAAUCGAUAGUGAGGAUGAUCAAUCCCUAAGAGCAGAUGUAGAAAAAUUUCCUUUAUGCUUUGAUGAAAAUUCACUCAUACAUAUAAACAUAUUUCAAGUUGAAUCCAUUCCUCUUUUGCAGAAAGGUGAAGGCGUGAAUUUCAUUGAAGUAGAUGAAGUCACAUAUCCAGAAGAUGACACGGCUGUCCAACAUUGUGCAGAUGAUUUGACCAUUGGAAAGAGCACGUCUGAAGACAAACUAACUGCUCAUUUACCUGCUGAUGAUAAUGAAGAUUUGAAGGACGACAGCUCAUAUCCAAAUGAUUAUUUCAAAGAUAUCAAAGAAGUCACGGAGUUUGGUAGAGAGGACGAUACGGAUGCAGUUCGGGCCAGCCCGAAAACCGGUCCUCGGUUAGUUCACUAUGACUCUAUAAGUUUACAAGAAAGUGAUGCUUUCCCCGAUGAAUGGAUGCUCCCAAUAAUUGAAAAAGAAUCGCCCUUCAGAAAACAUGCUGCAAAGACAAUGCCACAAAAUUAUGACCUGAAAGGUAAGGAAGAAGAUUACUUACAAAAUAAAACAUUUGCAAUAAUUGAUCAAGAUUCAGUCCUUUCCGAAGAAGUAACUAAAGUGUCUCCGAGUGAAACUGCAUUUGAAAUAGAAGAUCAAAGGCAACUUUCCAUAAUGAAAAAACAGUCCAAUUAUUCUGAUAGCUAUGCCUCCAGCUUGCAAGAAAAUGACGCAUUCCCCGAUGAAUGGAUGAUUGAUAUCAUUGAAAAAGAGUCCCCUUACAAAAAAUCACUCACUCGAAGUGAAAAAAAAUGUGAAGAUUUGUACGACUCAGAGUUGAACGACGAUGAAACGUUGAUUGUAAUUGUUCAAGAAGGGUUGGCAGAAACGGACUCCAGGAAACCUGAGAAAGAUAAGUUCGAUGUUAGCUUUGUGCAAUUGGACAAACACAUUUCUUGUUCUGAAGGUGAUGGCAGGUCUGGCGAUGAAGAUACUGAAGACAUCAAAACUGUGGCUAACGAGUCCGAAACAAGAGCCUUAGUUGAGGAGUUUGCCAGCUCGGUUGUGUUAGAAAUACUCAGUGACCUGAAUAGUGUUUUGGGGAAUAUUGAGCAAAAUCCCGAGAGUUUCAUUAAUGAAGUAGACAAGAGCUCAAAGUUAAGAGAAUGUAAAGACAUAGAAGAAAAAAAAGAAAAAGAUUACAUCGAAGAAAAUAAAGAUGAAGAUAACACUAAAGAAGACAAUAAAGAGGAAAAAGACCAAAGAGAACUCUUUGUGGAGAAAAAAGAGGAUGAUUACACUGUGGAGAAAGAAGAAAAAGAUGAAUACAGCCAGGAGAAAGAAGAGGAUGAUUACAAUGUAGAGAAAGAAGAGGAUGAUUACAUUGUAGAGAAAGAAGAGGAUGCUUAUGUAGUUGAGAAGGAAGAGGAUGAAUACAGUGAGGAGGAAAAAAAGGACGAUUACAUUGUACAGAAAGAAGAGGAUGAUUACGUUGUGGAGAAGGAAGAUGAUGAUUACAGUAUGCAGAAAGAAGAGGAUAAUUACACUGUGGAAAAAGAAGAAGAUGAUACCAUUAUCGAGAAAGAAGAGGAUGAUUCCAUUGGUAAGACAGAGGAGAAAGAUUACACUUUUAAGACAAAAGAAGAGAAAUACACAGGUAAGACAGAAGAUGGGGAUACAAAUGUUACGACAGAACAAGAGGAUUACUAUAGCAAGAAUGAAGAGGAGAAAAACAUGGUUGAGGAAGAAGAGGAUGAUCACACUGAGGACGAGGAAGAUUCUUUCAGCUUUGAUAUUGAACAGAGAGAAUCAUAUCUAAAGAAAUCAGAAACAUUUAAGCAAGUGAAAGAAACGGAUUUGCAGCUUCAAAACAUUGAAGAAUUGGGAUUGCAGAAUUCUGAAUCUCAUACAGUGAAUAAUGUGGUGGAUAAGAACAAUGAAUUAAAAUCAGAUGAGGAAAAACUAUUAAAAGAUGAGGAAAGUGUUGACAAGUCUGAUGACACUAAAAUUGAGGAAUUUGAAUCUUGGCAAAAAUAUCAGUCUGAAGAUGCAGAAGAAAGCACUGGAUGUUCAUUUGAGGAUAAUGCACAAUUAGAUCUAAAAGUUGUAGGCAAUAUUACAAAUGAAAACCAACAAGAAUUUGUAGAAAGAAAGAUUGUGACCACAUUGCUGUUCAACGCACCAAAGCUAAAGGCCUGUGUUCCCCAAAACCAAGAGAAGUUUGAAUCAAUUCUGUCCAUCACAACUGGCAGUCCCAAACCUGAAACAGUUUCAUCAAACGAAUUUUUCCAACUUGAUGAUUACAGUGUAAGUACAAAACAUGUCCAAGUUGUGCUUCUGGAACAAGAAAAAACAGUCACAUCUGAGACGUUUGUUCAUCCAAAAAACAAAGUUGUGGAAGAACCAUUUAAAGUUGAAACACGUGAGCAAGAAUGCAUCAUAACGCCACCAAAUUCACCAACGUUACUGCUUAAAAAUGUGUCUCCAAAUCAAUUCACUGUACUGGAGAGCAUUGAUUUAGGUGUUGCCGACAUGUGUAAGACAAAAGUAGAUGAUGAUGUUUCGAUAAAAGGGGAUCAAUCUAGUUCUGAACAAGAAAUUACAUAUGAAGAAAAUGAUAUUGAGAACGGAACAGAAGAAGGCCAAGAAAAAAUGGAAUUGACAGAAUUAAGUAUACUGUCACAACAAGUUGAAAUUCAUGAAGAACAGGUCGUUUCAAAAGCGGAAGAGGUCUCUGUUGAAGAAGAUCAAUCACUUUCUGAAGAACAAAUAACAUCUGAAGAUUUAUCACAACAAGAUGAUGAGUCUUUCUCUGAAGCUAAAGAAGACAUUACAGAUACAUACGUUGCUGAUGGACAGACUACAGAAUCUGAUGUCAUAGAAUCUCACAUCUAUGAUGCUGAUGAAAGCAAUUUGCUGGUCAGACCAACAAGUCCUGAUAUUUGAGGACAGCUUUAAUGAAGAAAAUGACAUUGAGAUCGGAACAGAAGAAGGCCAAGAAAAAAUGGAAUUGACAGAAUUAAGUAUACUGUCACAACAAGUUGAAAUUCAUGAAGAACAGGUCGUUUCAAAAGCGGAAGAGGUCUCUGUUGAAGAAGAUCAAUCACUUUCUGAAGAACAAAUAACAUCUGAAGAUUUAUCACAACAAGAUGAUGAGUCUUUCUCUGAAGCCAAAGAAGACAUUACAGAUACAUACAUUGCUGAUAGACAGACUACAGAAUCUGAUGUCAUAGAAUCUCACAUCUAUGAUGCUGAUGAAAGCAAUUUGCUGGUCAGACCAACAAGUCCUGAGGCCUUUGAUGAUGACUUCAUAAAACCAAUUCUUCAGACCAAUUUGGAAUUUAGAUCAGAAUCUGAAGAUCAAGUUCCUUUGGAACAGCAAACAUUUGAGGACAGCUUUAAUGAAGAAAAUGACAUUGAGAUCGGAACAGAAGAAGGCCAAGAAAAAAUGGAAUUGACAGAAUUAAGUAUACUGUCACAACAAGUUGAAAUUCAUGAAGAACAGGUCGUUUCAAAAGCGGAAGAGGUCUCUGUUGAAGAAGAUCAAUCACUUUCUGAAGAACAAAUUAUAUCUGAAGAUUUAUCACAACAAGAUGAUGAGUCUUUCUCUGAAGCCAAAGAAGACAUUACAGAUACAUACAUUGCUGAUAGACAGACUACAGAAUCUGAUGUCAUAGAAUCUCACAUCUAUGAUGCUGAUGAAAGCAAUUUGCUGGUCAGACCAACAAGUCCUGAGGCCUUUGAUGAUGACUUCAUAAAACCAAUUCUUCAGACAAAUUUAGAAUUUAGAUCAGAAUCUGAAGAUCAAGUUCCUUUGGAACAGCAAAAAUUUGAGGACAGCUUUAAUGAAGAAAAUGACAUUGAGAUCGGAACAGAAGAAGGCCAAGAAAAAAUGGAAUUGACAGAAUUAAGUAUACUGUCACAACAGGUUGAAAUUCAUGAAAAACAGGUCGUUUUAAAAGCGGAAGAGGUCUCUGUUGAAGAAGAUCAAUCACUUUCUGAAGAACAAAUAACAUCUGAAGAUUUAUCACAACAAGAUGAUGAGUCUUUCUCUGAAGCUAAAGAAGACAUUACAGAUACAUACGUUGCUGAUGGACAGACUACAGAAUCUGAUGUCAUAGAAUCUCACAUCUAUGAUGCCGAUGAAAGCAAUUUGCUGGUCAGACCAACAAGUCCUGAGGCCUUUGAUGAUGACUUCAUAAAACCAAUUCUUCAGACCAAUUUGGAAUUUAGAUCAGAAUCUGAAGAUCAAGUUCCUUUGGAACAGCAAACAUUUGAGGACAGCUUUAAUGAAGAAAAUGACAUUGAGAUCGGAACAGAAGAAGGCCAAGAAAAAAUGGAAUUGACAGAAUUAAGUAUACUGUCACAACAAGUUGAAAUUCAUGAAGAACAGGUCGUUUCAAAAGCGGAAGAGGUCUCUGUUGAAGAAGAUCAAUCACUUUCUGAAGAACAAAUAACAUCUGAAGAUUUAUCACAACAAGAUGAUGAGUCUUUCUCUGAAGCUAAAGAAGACAUUACAGAUACAUACGUUGCUGAUGGACAGACUACAGAAUCUGAUGUCAUAGAAUCUCACAUCUAUGAUGCUGAUGAAAGCAAUUUGCUGGUCAGACCAACAAGUCCUGAGGCCUUUGAUGAUGACUUCAUAAAACCAAUUCUUCAGACCAAUUUGGAAUUUAGAUCAGAAUCUGAAGAUCAAGUUCCUUUGGAACAGCAACAAUUUGAGGACAGCUUUAAUGAAGAAAAUGACAUUGAGAUCGGAACAGAAGAAGGCCAAGAAAAAAUGGAAUUGACAGAAUUAAGUAUACUGUCACAACAAGUUGAAAUUCAUGAAGAACAGGUCGUUUCAAAAGCGGAAGAGGUCUCUGUUGAAGAAGAUCAAUCACUUUCUGAAGAACAAAUAACAUCUGAAGAUUUAUCACAACAAGAUGAUGAGUCUUUCUCUGAAGCUAAAGAAGACAUUACAGAUACAUACGUUGCUGAUGGACAGACUACAGAAUCUGAUGUCAUAGAAUCUCACAUCUAUGAUGCUGAUGAAAGCAAUUUGCUGGUCAGACCAACAAGUCCUGAGGCCUUUGAUGAUGACUUCAUAAAACCAAUUCUUCAGACCAAUUUGGAAUUUAGAUCAGAAUCUGAAGAUCAAGUUCCUUUGGAACAGCAAAAAUUUGAGGACAGCUUUAAUGAAGAAAAUGACAUUGAGAUCGGAACAGAAGAAGGCCAAGAAAAAAUGGAAUUGACAGAAUUAAGUAUACUGUCACAACAAGUUGAAAUUCAUGAAGAACAGGUCGUUUCAAAAGCGGAAGAGGUCUCUGUUGAAGAAGAUCAAUCACUUUCUGAAGAACAAAUAACAUCUGAAGAUUUAUCACAACAAGAUGAUGAGUCUUUCUCUGAAGCUAAAGAAGACAUUACAGAUACAUACGUUGCUGAUGGACAGACUACAGAAUCUGAUGUCAUAGAAUCUCACAUCUAUGAUGCUGAUGAAAGCAAUUUGCUGGUCAGACCAACAAGUCCUGAGGCCUUUGAUGAUGACUUCAUAAAACCAAUUCUUCAGACCAAUUUGGAAUUUAGAUCAGAAUCUGAAGAUCAAGUUCCUUUGGAACAGCAAAAAUUUGAGGACAGCUUUAAUGAAGAAAAUGACAUUGAGAUCGGAACAGAAGAAGGCCAAGAAAAAAUGGAAUUGACAGAAUUAAGUAUACUGUCACAACAAGUUGAAAUUCAUGAAGAACAGGUCGUUUCAAAAGCGGAAGAGGUCUCUGUUGAAGAAGAUCAAUCACUUUCUGAAGAACAAAUAACAUCUGAAGAUUUAUCACAACAAGAUGAUGAGUCUUUCUCUGAAGCUAAAGAAGACAUUACAGAUACAUACGUUGCUGAUGGACAGACUACAGAAUCUGAUGUCAUAGAAUCUCACAUCUAUGAUGCUGAUGAAAGCAAUUUGCUGGUCAGACCAACAAGUCCUGAGGCCUUUGAUGAUGACUUCAUAAAACCAAUUCUUCAGACCAAUUUGGAAUUUAGAUCAGAAUCUGAAGAUCAAGUUCCUUUGGAACAGCAACAAUUUGAGGACAGCUUUAAUGAAGAAAAUGACAUUGAGAUCGGAACAGAAGAAGGCCAAGAAAAAAUGGAAUUGACAGAAUUAAGUAUACUGUCACAACAGGUUGAAAUUCAUGAAGAACAGGUCGUUUUAAAAGCGGAAGAGGUCUCUGUUGAAGAAGAUCAAUCACUUUCUGAAGAACAAAUAACAUCUGAAGAUUUAUCACAACAAGAUGAUGAGUCUUUCUCUGAAGCUAAAGAAGACAUUACAGAUACAUACGUUGCUGAUGGACAGACUACAGAAUCUGAUGUCAUAGAAUCUCACAUCUAUGAUGCUGAUGAAAGCAAUUUGCUGGUCAGACCAACAAGUCCUGAGGCCUUUGAUGAUGACUUCAUAAAACCAAGUCUUCAGACCAAUUUGGAAUUUAGAUCAGAAUCUGAAGAUCAAGUUCCUUUGGAACAGCAAAAAUUUGAGGACAGCUUUAAUGAAGAAAAUGACAUUGAGAUCGGAACAGAAGAAGGCCAAGAAAAAAUGGAAUUGACAGAAUUAAGUAUACUGUCACAACAAGUUGAAAUUCAAGAAGAACAGGUCGUUUCAAAAGCGGAAGAGGUCUCUGUUGAAGAAGAUCAAUCACUUUCUGAAGAACAAAUAACAUCUGAAGAUUUAUCACAACAAGAUGAUGAGUCUUUCUCUGAAGCUAAAGAAGACAUUACAGAUACAUACGUUGCUGAUGGACAGACUACAGAAUCUGAUGUCAUAGAAUCUCACAUCUAUGAUGCCGAUGAAAGCAAUUUGCUGGUAAGACCAACAAGUCCUGAGGCCUUUGAUGAUGACUUCAUAAAACCAAUUCUUCAGACCAAUUUGGAAUUUAGAUCAGAAUCUGAAGAUCAAGUUCCUUUGGAACAGCAACAAUUUGAGGACAGCUUUAAUGAAGAAAAUGACAUUGAGAUCGGAAUAGAAGAAGGCAAAGAAAAAAUGAAAUUGACAGAAUUAAGUAUACUGUCACAACAAGUUGAAAUUCAUGAAGAACAGGCCGUUUCAAAAGCGGAAGAGGUCUCUGUUGAAGAAGAUCAAUCACUUUCUGAAGAACAAAUAACAUCUGAAGAUUUAUCACAACAAGAUGAUGAGUCUUUCCCUGAAGCUAAAGAAGACAUUACAGAUACAUACGUUGCUGAUGGACAGACUACAGAAUCUGAUGUCAUAGAAUCUCACAUCUAUGAUGCUGAUGAAAGCAAUUUUCUGGUCAGACCAACAAGUCCUGAGGCCUUUGAUGAUGACUUCAUAAAACCAAUUCUUCAGACCAAUUUGGAAUUUAGAUCAGAAUCUGAAGAUCAAGUUCCUUUGGAACAGCAACAAUUUGAGGACAGCUUUAAUGAAGAAAAUGACAUUGAGAUCGGAACAGAAGAAGGCCAAGAAAAAAUGGAAUUGACAGAAUUAAGUAUACUGUCACAACAAGUUGAAAUUCAUGAAGAACAGGUCGUUUCAAAAGCGGAAGAGGUCUCUGUUGAAGAAGAUCAAUCACUUUCUGAAGAACAAAUUAUAUCUGAAGAUUUAUCACAACAAGAUGAUGAGUCUUUCUCUGAAGCCAAAGAAGACAUUACAGAUACAUACAUUGCUGAUAGACAGACUACAGAAUCUGAUGUCAUAGAAUCUCACAUCUAUGAUGCUGAUGAAAGCAAUUUGCUGGUCAGACCAACAAGUCCUGAGGCCUUUGAUGAUGACUUCAUAAAACCAAUUCUUCAGACUAUAGACAGACUACAGAAUCUGAUGUCAUAGAAUCUCACAUCUAUGAUGCUGAUGAAAGCAAUUUGCUGGUCAGACCAACAAGUCCUGAGGCCUUUGAUGAUGACUUCAUAAAACCAAUUCUUCAGACCAAUUUGGAAUUUAGAUCAGAAUCUGAAGAUCAAGUUCCUUUGGAACAGCAACAAUUUGAGGACAGCUUUAAUGAAGAAAAUGACAUUGAGAUCGGAAUAGAAGAAGGCCAAGAAAAAAUGGAAUUGACAGAAUUAAGUAUACUGUCACAACAAGUUGAAAUUCAUGAAGAACAGGUCUUUUUAAAAGCGGAAGAGGUCUCUGUUGAAGAAGAUCAAUCACUUUCUGAAGAACAAAUUAUAUCUGAAGAUUUAUCACAACAAGAUGAUGAGUCUUUCUCUGAAGCUAAAGAAGACAUUACAGAUACAUACGUUGCUGAUGGACAGACUACAGAAUCUGAUGUCAUAGAAUCUCACAUCUAUGAUGCUGAUGAAAGCAAUUUUCUGGUCAGACCAACAAGUCCUGAGGCCUUUGAUGAUGACUUCAUAAAACCAAUUCUUCAGACCAAUUUGGAAUUUAGAUCAGAAUCUGAAGAUCAAGUUCCUUUGGAACAGCAACAAUUUGAGGACAGCUUUAAUGAAGAAAAUGACAUUGAGAUCGGAACAGAAGAAGGCCAAGAAAAAAUGGAAUUGACAGAAUUAAGUAUACUGUCACAACAAGUUGAAAUUCAAGAAGAACAGGUCGUUUCAAAAGCGGAAGAGGUCUCUGUUGAAGAAGAUCAAUCACUUUCUGAAGAACAAAUAACAUCUGAAGAUUUAUCACAACAAGAUGAUGAGUCUUUCUCUGAAGCUAAAGAAGACAUUACAGAUACAUACGUUGCUGAUGGACAGACUACAGAAUCUGAUGUCAUAGAAUCUCACAUCUAUGAUGCUGAUGAAAGCAAUUUGCUGGUCAGACCAACAAGUCCUGAGGCCUUUGAUGAUGACUUCAUAAAACCAAUUCUUCAGACCAAUUUGGAAUUUAGAUCAGAAUCUGAAGAUCAAGUUCCUUUGGAACAGCAACAAUUUGAGGACAGCUUUAAUGAAGAAAAUGACAUUGAGAUCGGAACAGAAGAAGGCCAAGAAAAAAUGGAAUUGACAGAAUUAAGUAUACUGUCACAACAAGUUGAAAUUCAAGAAGAACAGGUCGUUUCAAAAGCGGAAGAGGUCUCUGUUGAAGAAGAUCAAUCACUUUCUGAAGAACAAAUAACAUCUGAAGAUUUAUCACAACAAGAUGAUGAGUCUUUCUCUGAAGCUAAAGAAGACAUUACAGAUACAUACGUUGCUGAUGGACAGACUACAGAAUCUGAUGUCAUAGAAUCUCACAUCUAUGAUGCUGAUGAAAGCAAUUUGAUGGUCAGACCAACAAGUCCUGAGGCCUUUGAUGAUGACUUCAUAAAACCAAUUCUUCAGACCAAUUUGGAAUUUAGAUCAGAAUCUGAAGAUCAAGUUCCUUUGGAACAGCAAAAAUUUGAGGACAGCUUUAAUGAAGAAAAUGACAUUGAGAUCGGAACAGAAGAAUUCCAAGAAAAAAUGGAAUUGACAGAAUUAAGUAUACUGUCACAACAAGUUGAAAUUCAUGAAGAACAGGUCGUUUCAAAAGCGGAAGAGGUCUCUGUUGAAGAAGAUCAAUCACUUUCUGAAGAACAAAUAACAUCUGAAGAUUUAUCACAACAAGAUGAUGAGUCUUUCUCUGAAGCUAAAGAAGACAUUACAGAUACAUACGUUGCUGAUGGACAGACUACAGAAUCUGAUGUCAUAGAAUCUCACAUCUAUGAUGCUGAUGAAAGCAAUUUGCUGGUCAGACCAACAAGUCCUGAAGCCUUUGAUGAUGACUUCAUACAACCAAUUCUUCAGACGAAUACUAAAUUUAUUGCUGAACACAUGUCAGUUACACGAGUAGAAUUUGAAGAGUCAUUUAAUGAAGUAAAUGAUGUUGAACUUGGAACAGAAAUGAAUGAAGAUAACCUUACAACUUCUGAAGCUGCAUUAAUUUUAAGUUGGUUUGAAUCGCUGACACAUGAGGAUGAUAUUUACAAGGAUCGUGACUUAGUCUUGAUUGCUGGUGACCACUGCGCCAAACAGGCUUUUGAAGAAGAAAGAUGUAAUAUUACGAGUGAACAAGACAGUGAUGAAGAAGGAUUAAAAUUCUUGACAAAUAUUGACUUCGAACACAUUGUUGAUAUUCAAGAAUGGCACGUCACAGCUUCUGAUGACAUUGAAACAAUCAUCCACAGCACUGAUUCUCAUGAUGUUAUGAACAGACCUUCCAGCCCUGAAGCUUUCGAUGAUGACUUUAUUAAGCCUAUUUUGAGAGAUAAUUUUCAGCUCAACCUAGCUCACGAAAAUGAAAAUGUUGAAGAAAUGAAGAGUUUUAGGGACAGCUUCAGCCACGAGAAUGACAUUGAAUUUGGUGAAGAAUUCCAAAUUUAUUGUGUCUCUAAAGAAGAGACAAAGUUUAUACUUCAGCUCACCGAUUCUGUCUCUGAUAGCUUCUACCAUGAUAGAGAAAAAAGUGCGGAAAAUGAAUCAGAUGGUGAAAAUGAAAGACUAAAGAAAGAACUUAAAGCAUCUAUUACAGAAAAUAUAAUCAGUGACAUAGAAGAUACUGAGACCGAAUUUAGAAAUACAAGUUCAUUUCACCAAAAAGAUGAUUUCAAUCAGGAACACGAAAAUAGAACCACGGGUAGCUCAUUGAACGAUCAGAAUCUUUUUGAAACUGUCUCAGUUUUAAGUGGUGAUUCUUUCACUAUAUCUAAAGAAGAUCUUGACCCUGAAGUCGAAGAAGAUCUUUACACUGAAGUCAAAGAAGAUGAAGCUAUCAAAACUCAUGAACUGCACUUGACAGCUUCUGAUGCCCUUGAAGCAGAAACACAUGACCCAGACUCUGAAAACCUGAUGUACAGAUCCUCAAGCCCGGAGGCCUUUGACGAUGAGUGGAUUAAACCGAUCUUACUCGCUAAUGCUUUGACGAAACAGGCAGAAACUCAACAAGUUCCUUAUUUUUCAGAGAGUUUUUUGGAUUACAAUGAGAUAGAUUUCGGAAAUGAGUUGGAAAACCUCAGGUCUGAUGCUAAACAUAAAGGGCAGCUGGAAGUAAGUAUCAAGGAACAAAUUGUUGCUCUCAAUAUUGCAUCUUUAAUCGACCAAUCAGAAGUUUUCUUCGAACACUCGUCUGACGAUCUGCAGAGAAUGAAGUUUGCUUGUGAAAAACUGGACGAUGAGCUAGGAACAGGCGAAGAAACAAAUCUGAUGUUAGGAGGCGACCAACGUGAUAUUCGUGUAGCUGCUUCUGAUCACGAUGACAGUUCACGUUCAGAAAAUUAUUUACAAGAUAAAUGUGAUACAACAGAAAAUGCUACAUAUGCACAAACAACUGACACAACACUCUGUAUUCCUGAAAAAACUGAGGAAUUUUCUGAAAAAGAAAAGACACAAACUGAUGAUAGAAGAGAAGAAGAAUUUUCAGAGGAAAACAAAGACGAGAGAAGUCUUUUGAGGCAUGAAUAUCCCCAAACUCAGCCACAAGUACAUCAGUCCCUUGAAGGUGAAGAUUUAAUUCUUGAAAUUGAUCAAAACCAAAUACAAACUUCCCCACUCUUGUCGAACGAAUCGGGUUUAAUUAUCCUGGGUGAUGGCUGUGAUCAACUGCAGUCAACCGAGGAGAAUGAGGACGCUGAAGAUGACGUAAAAUAUGAUUCAGAAGACUACCAAGAAACAGACGAAGAAACAGAAGACAGUGUGAAAGAUGAAGGAUCCACGAAUGAGGAGCAGCACCGCCAGCUUUAUCAAGAAGUGUUAUCACUUGAAAUUGAACAACAUCAAAUGGAGUUUACUUCUGCACACCAAAUUGGUGUCGUUGAUAUUGUGCCGUCAGAUGCAAAAUUAAAGCAGGAAAUGGGAUAUGAACUUUGCGAGGAAUCAAAAACUGUGCUGAAAGAAGAUGAGGAUCGUGCAGAGUUUGAUGAACAUGAAAUUCACGAUGAUGAAGAAGAAGCUGGUGAUGAAAAAAAUGGUGAAGAAGAUAAAAUGGAGGAAGUAGAAGAGAAAGAGGAACAAGAUGAACGUGAAGAAGAUGUGAAGGGGGAAGUUGAAAUAGAAGAAACAGAGGAAAAAGAUGAGGAAGAAAAAGAGGAUGAAGAAAAAGGCAUGCUUGAUAAAUCUGCAAUAGAAGAAAUUGACAACCAUGACAAUGAACAUCGUCAAAUUAUUCAAGAAAUCAGUGGCAUAAUGAGGACUGAAAGAGUUUCCAAAGAGAAAAUUGAAAGACAAAAGUUUAGGGAACGAGAAGACAGCAAACAAUCAGAGCUUCAACAAAUAAGCUGGCCAAUAGAACAAGAGGAUUUAGUUCUUGAAAUAGAUGAGAGCCAAGUAGAAACUCUGCCAAUCAUCGCAGACUCUGGAUUGAUAUUUGUUGAUACCACAACUUCAUUUGAUCAAGCUGAAUUUUUGGCUUCCACUGGUAGAGUUGUCCUAGUAACCGAUUUAGAUGAAGAUUUCACGGUGCUGGAGGACAUCGUUGAUGAACAAAUACAAGAAGGGGAGAAUGUGAGAGGAAAAGAUGAAGCGAUUAAGGAUAACGGGGAAGAGGAAUGUGAAAUGCUGGCAGAAGAAAAAAGUGAAGAAGACGUAGAAGUAGCCGAUGACGGUGAAGCUGUAAACGUGGUGUCGGAGCUACAACACAGAGAACUUGUUCAACAAUGGCAAGAUGAAGAAGAUGCUCUUGUUGAAAUUAAUCAAAACCAGGCCCAACCUUUUCCAUUGCUACCACCAGAUGACAAUGGCAUUGACGUUUCUCCGAGUUAUCACGAAACAGUUCAUCUAGAGAACUUACAAGUUACUGAGAAUAAAACAGAAGCACGUCAAGGAAAAGACGAGAACAGGAACAUGGUAACAGAAGAAAAAGAAGAAUAUGAUGAUGAAAGUUUUGAACUGGAUGCUGAAGACCUGGAAUACGAGGAUGAUGAAAAGGGAUACAAGGAACGACACCUAAAACUGUUGCAAAGUGAUCAUACAAAUUUAGAGAAACAGAAGGGAAAAUGUGGUGAUGGAAAGAGGGAAAAAACGGAAGAAGAAAGUUCUCCGAAAAUAGAAGAUGAAGACCUUGUUCUAGAAAUUGACCAAAGUCAAAUCGAGUGUGUACCAUUGCAGCCCAUUGAGCCUGAUGUUAUCUUUGUUGAUUCCGUUGUUACUUCUGAACAAUCUUCUGCGGAUAUUUCUUCUGAAGCGACACAACGGCAAGGGUUGGAAAAAGAGCUUAUUGAAAAUGAUGAGAUAAACAAACUGAAUGAAGAAUUUGCAAACCUCGAAGAUGAAACAGAGACUGAAAGUGGUGAGCAAUCAGAGAAUGAUGAAAGUGGAGACAUCAUACUCAUCCAUCAUCGACCACUGGUGCAAAGUGAUGAUACUUUAGUUGAGAAUGAGAUACAAAUCGAAGAUCUCUCACAAACACCCUGUCAGGAAAAUCAUGAAGAUGAUCAUUGGCAGAGAGUGCACGAUGAGGAUGUUAUAAAAUCGAAUGAAACGCUAGAAACGCUGUCGGUGCUUACACCAGAUCUAAACACAACAGAUAACAGUUUCAUUUCAGACGUAAGCAAGGAGCAAGAAGUGCUGCUUAAUUUGGAAGAAGAAGAAAAAGGAAUCGUUGAAUCAGCUGAGGCACUUGGUGAUCGAGAUAAUGCUACUGGAGAGGAACCUAACUUACUUAUAAAAGAAUACACGGACUAUUUACCUCAAUUACAGGACGUCCUUACCGUAAAAGCAGCUGAUCAUUCAGAAACUAGUGAACUUGUAGUUAUUCAGCAUGCUGAAAGCCAUUGGGGGAAUAAUUCUGAUAUAAAAAAUAUAGAUGAACAACUGUUAUCAGAAAAAGAUGAUGCUAUUCUUGAAACCAAUCAAAACCAAAUGGAAAGUGUCCUAUUAAGGACAAUUAAUGAUGAAUUCCAAAAGUCUCAAGAGAUUUCACCUCUUUGCUCAGCACCUGCUACUCACCCAGGUAUAGAAAGAAAUGACAAUGUACAGAACACGAAAGUGUACGAAGAUGUUGAUGAUAAGGUGGGGGAAAGUAAGGAACAAGACAGUGAGACAGGUGAAGAUGACGAAGAGAAUGAAGAGGACAAUGAGACAGAUGAAGAGGAGAAAGACGAUGAGAAAGAUGAAGACGAAGAAGAAGACGAAGAAGAAGACGAAGAAGAGGACAAAGAUGAGGGCAAAGACGAUGAAGGUGAAGAUGAAGAGGAUAAAGAAACGUCAGAGGAUGCCGAAGAUGAAGAUCGGCAGACAGAUAAGUCUGGAGGGGGUACUGAAGAAGAUCGUGCCGAAGAUUACACUCAAGAAAACAGAGAUGAAGAAGACGAUAUUUAUACUGAGAAGGACGUAGAGGAUAAACAAAGCCAAAAUGACACAGGAGAAAUCUCUGACAGCCUUACUCAGGAAACUGAACUUAAGCAGCCGCAACCCUUUUCCUCUCAGAUCGUGGGUAGUUCAGAGGUUGCAUAUCUCAACACGUCUAAUGUGAUACUUUCUGAAACAAUUAGACACGAUGAAGAAGUUGACGUCGUUGAUACACAAGAUGUAGAAUUACUUAUCGAUGAAGGAGGGGAUGAGUUUGAGGAGUUCGAAGUUGUUGGUGAACGGGAAGAGGAGGAAUACAGUGUAGAAGAUUAUGAGGAGGAUGACGAUGAAAACUUCAAGGAAAAACUGGUUUCACACCAGGAAGAAAAUAUGAACCAACUCACUGGUGUAUUGUCACUUUCAAAGGAUCAGGGUAAACAAACAUCCAGGCCUUUGGAACAACCAGUUGAAACCACUGACGAAGACACAGCGAGGAGAGUUUCAAAUUCGACUGAACUUAAGAAUGAAACCAACAAAGACAGUGAUCAGGAAGAAAGUGAAGAAUCAUCUGAAUCUGAAGAAAUUGAUGAUGAUGACGACGUGGAUGACGACGAUGAUGGCGAUGAUGAAGGAGAGGACGAAGACGAUGAUAUGCAAAAAGAAAAAUUAAAAGAAAUGUCCUCAAAUAUUCUUCCAGAAGACAUCAAGCAAGUGGAGUCAAACAUGGCUGAUUUAUCUUUGCAAUGUUCAGUGCAAGAUACUCCAUUCAAUGCAUCACAAAAAAUUGAGAAAGAUGAGGAGGAAGGAAAAGACAAGGAUAGCGAUGAAGAUGAUACUGAUUUUGAUGGCAGUGAUUACGAUGGUGGUGAGCCAUUUAGUAAAGAGGAAGCGGAAAUAUCCGAAAACGCUGGCGAAUCAAAGGACAUAUUCCUUCUCAGCGAAUCAAUUUUCCUCCAUCAAGAAAACGUUCACGACACGGAACUUACAUCAUUGGGGGUUGUUCCCACACGAGUUGGGGCUACCAUGAACUCCUUCACUGAAGCAUCUGUUUCUGACUCACUUUCUGGUGACUUGUAUGAAAAUUUCCCAAUACAAUCGGCUGAUGAAAUCACACAUAUUAAAACUGAUGAUGAUGAUGUAUCCACUGAUCAGAGAGUUCACCCACCAGAAAAAAGUGGAUUCGCCCACCCCGAGGACAUAUUUUUGCCUCAUUGGAUGAGAACAGUCUCAAAAAGUGUAGACCGGGUAAACGCUAAGAACACUGAGCACGACACAUAUGAUGAUCCUUUGGAUUUUGAAGACGACACUGACGAUGAAUUAAGGCAAUCUGAUGUUUCAUCAGAGUUAUCGGAGAGUUAUGUGGAAGAUCUAGAGAGGGAUGAAGAAAACGCAGGUGUUUCUUUUUCUAAAAAUGACUUUGAUUCAAAUAAAGACUACAAACUUGAUGAAUUCAACGAAGCUAAGCCGUCGGAACAAGCUGUCGAAAACUUGAUUCAAUCUUCAACUGAUUUGAAUAUCCAAAUUACAUCUUCACACGAUGUGGGCGUAAAGGGCGACCAAUACGAAGACCAUCAAAAUGUAUACAGAGAAAUAGCGCCUCAAACACGGGAGAUUAGUGAUGAAACCAAAUAUGCAGAUGAAGAUCUCCCCGUUCAGAAAGAUCUAACCCAAAUUGAAACUGUUCCUCUUCUGACUAAAAAUGAUGAUAUGGUAAACAUUCAAACUCAGGAUGAAAACAAGAAAGAAGAAUCAGAAACAGAGGAACAAGCUAAUUCAAAAACAGAAGAACAAGCUGUAUUAGAAACAGAAGAACAAGAAGAAUCCGUUACAGAAGAAAAUUUUGAAUCAGAAUUAAAGGAAGAAACUGAAUUAAUCAAUGAACAAGCUGAAUCAGAAACAAGUGAACAAGAUGAUUCAGAAACAGAGGAACAAACCUGUUCAGAAAUAGAAGAAAAAGUUGAAUCAAGAACAGAGGAACAAGCUGAAUCAGAAACAGAAGAACAAGUUGAAUCAGAAACUGAAGAACAAGCUGAAUCAGAAACAGAAGAAUACGCUGAAUCAGAAACUGAAGAACAAGCUGAAUCAGAAACGGAAAAACGAGCUGAAUCAGAAAAUGAAGAACAAGGUGAAUCAGAGACUGAUGAAAAAGUUGAAUCAGAAGCUGACGAACAAGCUGAAUCAGAAAUUGAAGAACAAGCUGAAUCAAAAACAGAAGAACAAGCUGAAUCAGAAACAGAGGAACAAGCUGAAUCAGAGACUGAUGAAAAAGUUGAAUCAGAAGCUGACGAACAAGCUGAAUCAGAAAUUGAAGAACAAGAUGAAUCAAAAACAGAAGAACAAGCUGAAUCAGAAACAGAGGAACAAGCUGAAUCAGAGACUGAUGAAAAAGUUGAAUCAGAAGCUGACGAACAAGCUGAAUCAGAAAUUGAAGAACAAGAUGAAUCAAAAACAGAAGAACAAGCUGAAUCAGAAACAGAAGAACAAGCUGAAUCGGAAACUGAAGAGCAAGCUGAAUCAGAAAGAGAAGAACAAGCUGAAUCGGAAACUGAAGAGCAAGCUGAAUCAGAGACUGAUGAAAAAGUUGAAUCAGAAGCUGACGAACAAGCUGAAUCAGAAAUUGAAGAACAAGCUGAAUCAGAAACAGAGGAACAAGCUGAAUCAAAAACAGAAGAGAAAGCUGAAUCAGAAACAGAAGAACAAGCUGAAUCGGAAACAGAAGAACAAGCUGAAUCAGAAACAGAAGAACAAGCUGAAUCAGAAACAGAAGAGCAAUUUGAAUCACCUAGGGAAAAAUUUGAAAUAAAACCUGAAACAAUGGAGUUUAGUGCUGAAACCAGAAACGUAGAGGAAGAUCUCCCCAUUCAUACUGAUGUAACUCAAAUCGUUCCUCGUCUGAAUAAAGAUUAUGAUGUGGUAGACAUUGAAACUCGGAAUGAAAAGGAGAAAGCAGAAUCAGAAAAAGAAAAACAAGCUGAUUCAGAAAAUGAAGAAAAACCCGAGUCAGAAACAAAAGAAAAUGUUGAAUCUGUCACAGAAGUGAAUGUUGAAUCGCAAAUAGAAGAAAAAGCUGAACCAGUCAAAGCACAAGCUGAACCAGAAACUGAAGAACAAGCUGAAUCAGAAACAAAAGAACAAGCUUAUUCAGAAACCGAAGAAAAGGCUGAAUCAAUAACAGAGCUGGCUGAUUCCGUAACAGUCUACAAUGAAUUUAAAAAUGAAGAACAAGCUGAAUCAGUUAUAACCGAACAAGCUGAAGCAAUUACAGAAGAGCAAGUUAAAUCAGAAACAAAAGAAGGAAAAAAAGAACAAUUUGAAUCAAUUAUUGAAGAACAUGCUGAAUUUGAACUAAAAGAAAAAUCUUACUCGAUAAUAGAAAAAGAUGUUGCAGAAACAGAAGAAAAACCCGAAUCACACAUAGAAGAACAAAUUGAAUCACUAAGUGAAAAAUUAGAAAGAGAACCUGAAACACGAAAUGUUAGUGCAGAAACCAGAUAUGUAGAGGAAGAUCUCCCCAUUCACAUUGAUUUAACCCAAAUUGAAACUUUUCCUCUUCUGCCAAACGAUGAGGAUGUUGUAAUCAUGGAAACUCAGGAUGAAACCAAAAAAUCAGUAUCAGAAACAGAAGAUUACACUGAUUCAGAAAAAGAAGAACAAGCAGAUUCAGAUACAGAAGAACAAUAUGAUUCAGGAACAGGGGAACAAUCUGAUUCAAAAUUAGAAGAAAAAGUUGAAUCAGAAACAGAAGAACAAGCUGAUUCAGAAACUGAAGAACAAGCUGAAUCAGAAACUAAAGAACAAGCUGAAUCAGAAACAGAAGAGCAAGCUGAAUCAGAAACAGAAGAGAGGGCUGAAUUGGAAACUGAAGAACAAGCUGAAUCAGAAACUGAAGAGCAAGCUGAAUCAGAAACAGAAGAACAAGCUGAAUCGGAAACUGAAGAACAAGCUGAAUCAGAAACAGAAGAACAAAAAGAUUUAGAAACAGAGGAACAAGGUGAAUCAGAAACUGAAGAGCAAGUUGAAUCACUAAGUGAAAAAUUAGAAAGAGAACCUGAAACACGAAAUGUUAGUGCAGAAACCAGAUAUGUAGAGGAAGAUCUCCCCAUUCAGAUUGAUUUAACCCAAAUUGAAACUUUUCCUCUUCUGCCAAAAGAUGAUGAUGUGAUAUACAUUGAAACUCAGGAUGAAACCAAAAAAGCAGUAUCAGAAACAGAAGAACACACUGAUUCAGAAACAGAGGAACAAGCUGAUUCAAAAUUAGAAGAAAAAGUUGAAUCAGAAACAGAAGAACAAGCUGAUUCAGAAACAGAAGAACGGGCUGAAUCAGAAACAGAAAAACAAGUUUAUUUAGAAACAAAAGAACAAGCUGAUUCAGAAAUAGAAGAACAAGCUAAAUCAGAAACAGAGGAACAUGCUGAUUCAAAAUUAGAAGAAAAAGUUGAAUCAGAAACAGAAGAAAAAGCUAAUUCAGAAACAGAAGAACAAACUGAAUCAGAAACAGAAAAACAAGCUGAUUUAGAAACAGAAGAACAUGCUGAUUCACAUACAGAAGAACAAGGUGAUUCAGAAAUAAAAGAACUAGCUGAAUCACUAAAAGAAAAGGUUGAAAGAGAACCUGAAACAUGGAAGAUGUGUGGUGACACAAGACAUGAAGAGGAAGAUCUCCCCAUUCUGAUAGAUGUAACUCAAAUCAAAAUAGUUCCUCUUUUGACUAAAGACGAUGAUUUGAUUCACAUUGAACCUAACGAUGAAAAUAAGGAAAGAACUUCUAAAGUCCUUUGUGAUGCAGGCAAGGAUCAAGAAGAGAUUCUACGUGACGCAAUACAUGAAAACACAAACAAGUCUUUAGUGGAAGAAUCUUCUUUAAAAGAAAAUGUCAAGAAUGAAACCAGCCAACGUACUGACGAGUUUUGGGCAGAUACUCCAGUCCUUGUUAACGAAGAAAGAUCUGUUAAAGAGAUUACACAGAACCAAAAUGUUAGCACCACUUUAGAUUCGGCUUCCGUAGAAGCUCAGCCCUCUGGUGACAUGGAGGAAUAUGAAGAGACUCAAAGAGUUUAUGAAAUCGACGAAGACACCAUGAAAUGUCUUGAGUGGUUAUCCACUCUAUCUGAUUGUACUGAGAUGUCGGUCAUACCAACCAAUGAAUCUAGUGACAUCAUGAACAGGCCGCCCAGCCCUGAGGCCAGAGAGGACGAGUUUAUAAAACCUAUUCUUCAAUUAAAUACAUUAAAUCGUAAACAGGGCGAUUUCACCGUCGUACCUCAAGAUCAACUCGGGGAUUUCAGUGAAUCAUUUGCUUCGGAUGAUGAAAUCGACUUCGCUGAAUGCGCCAGGGAAGGAGCAAUGUCUGAACCGAGCCAGUCCCCAGUGAGACCGAAGGUACAUUUCAGUUUCAGUGAAAAUGCUGAUCAGGCAAGAUCUAGUGCCAAACGCAGAGGCAACAAACCGCACAAAUCAAGGGAUGGGUAUCAUGACAUGUUGGAGGUGUUCGGUAUCACAGAACACGACGCAUCUACAAAUGUUAGACACCAGCACUCGACGUCUUCAUUGGAUUCUUUUGAAUCAACAGAUCCUGAUGUUGUUAAAAUGCUAGAAGCUUUCGGCAUGCUCGCCCACCCGACAUGUGCGGACGAAAUUGAAGUUGAGCUGUCGCUAGCAACCUCCGUAAAUCUCCUGAACAGGCCCGAAAGUCCGUCAUCAACGAGGGACGAAACCGAAAACGAGCGCGAUGAUACUAAAAGAAAUAUCUACGAUGAUGAGGUCCUCCUCCAAGACUUUGGGGAAAGUUUCAAUCCUAUCAAUGACAUUGACAUAGGAGAUUCAAACGUGAACGAAGCAAGACUUGAGAGGAGCGACAGUCCAGAAGCUGAGUACAUAACAGUGCUGCACGGAAAAUAUUCAAAGAGUGCUGCACACAACACUGGCUCUAUUGACAAUGGCUCCAGUUUCGAUUUCAAGAUCAAGGAGACAUUGUUGAAAGGCAUAGAGUCUGGGAAAAGCGCUGGCCAAGAACCUAGUGAAGGAGAUUUACAAAAGGAAGAAAGUGAGAGACUUCAAAUUGAUGACACUAACAUUAAUGUUCCGAACAGCUCAGACUAUUCGGAACUUGCAACAAGAGAAGAUAAUCAAAAUGAAAAAGCCUUGGAACUAGAAAUAACGCAAAUAAAAUUUGGAGAAGUUUCAUCGGCAUAUGCCACUGAACUACAUGUCUCCGAAAAAUUUGAGGAAGAUAUGGAAAAAAGAGAACCUGUUCGCGAACAGCAGCAAAGCUCGGAGGAAGAUGUCAAUAAUUUGGAAGAGUUUAACCUCUCUACAUUAAAUGACAGUAAAACAACUGAUGAAGAUGACAGUGUUCUAGAAGUGCUGGAUAAGACAAUGGAACAAACUCGGGAUGUCAAGGAAUUAGACGCCGUCGACCAAAUGUUAAAUCGAGAUGAAACGGAAGAUGACGAUGAGAUGAAUGAGUUACAAUAUCUAAUGCAGCAGGCGAUGAGUGAUGACACAAAACCAAUGGCAUAUUAUCGUCUGAAAAAUGUCAAUACAAAAGACGAAGAGGAAGAUGAUACAGGGAAUGAUAAUGAGGAGGAAGAUGACAAUGAGGAAGAAGAUGACAGUGAGGAAGAAGAAAGUGAAGAUCAAGGGGAGCAGGAUGGUGUUGAUGAUGAAGAAAACAAUGAUUUUGAAAAGAAAUUAAACGAUCGUGACAUACGUGGACAGGGCGAACUUGCUGGUGAUGGUGACGACAACAAGGCAGAGGAAGCAGUGAAUGGAAACGAUAAUGAAGGAUGGGUACAAGAUCAAAUGAAUCAGGAGCGAGAUAAAAAUGUUGAAAUAGCUCUCCAACGACCUCCGGUGGAUCUAGAGGGUGACCGAGAGGAGGACAUGUUUGAAAGGGAAAAAUUUAGGCAACAACCCAUUAAGGAGGACAUUCGUGAUGUCGAAAUGGUGACAGUGGAAGGUGAUCGUGAGGUGGAAGACGACGAAGGUGUUGGUAAAGUGGCAGAAGAUGAAGAUGAUGGUGAAGGGGAAGAAGAUGAAGUUGAUUGUGGGGUGGAAGAGGAUGAAAAUGAUGGUGAGGAGGAAGGAGAUGAAAGUGGUGAUGGGGACGAAGAUGAAGAUGAUGACGUUGGUGGAUCUGAAAUUGAUGGCGAAGACGACGAGAAUGAAGUUGUUAGUGAAGUGGAGGACCAUGAGGCUGAUGAUGAGGCGGAGAAAGAGGAAGGCGAUGCCUGCACCAAUGAUGAAGAGCAAGAUGGAAGUGAAAGACAUGACAAAAAUGUUGAAAAUGAUGAAGAUAAUGAAAAUGCUGAAAUAGAGGAAAGCAGAUGUACAGAUGAACGUAAAGUUACAGUAAGAAGGGAAUCUGAAGACACAAGUCAACUUAUGCAUGGAAGCGAUGAAAGCAUCUCUGCUGAACAGGCUUAUGAGGAUAUUAUACAAGAAGAGAGCCUCUCACAUUCAAGUAUUUUAAAACUCUCUGGUAUUGAGAAGCCUCUGGUCAGUGGCGAGAAACACGUGAGUUUCUCUGAACCAACCAAUCAAAAUGAUUAUUCAAUAACUCAAAGACCAAAAUUGGCAAUGAUAAAAAAUCAAGACUCGGAAGUAUUUUACACUGUAGACAACACUCCUUUUGAAGAAGUUUUUUUCGAUGCCCAUGAAUCACCAAACAAAGUAGAUCAAAUGCAAACAGCUGUUGAAAGCGAGCACAUUUCAACGCAUGAAUCCAAAUCUGUCACAGGAGAGGAUGCCGAAAAACACAAAAGUGACGUCACUGAAGAGAUUUUUGAGGAUAAAGACCUACCUGAACAUUGCGAUCAAACUGUACCUGAAUACGGAACAAUAGAAGCAUUUCAUUUAGACAAAAGUACUCCUGAAUCUUUUGAAACUUUUCAACUGGAAACAAAAGUAUCUGACUUGGUGAAAAUAAUUGGAGCCGUCGUAAGAGAAGACCAUAAGAAUGUCAACCUAGAAGCUAUUGAACCUGUCUCUGACACCGUUACUGAAGCUCUCAGUGAAACCCCUACAGAAAUUAUCUCUGUUAUUGCAACAGAAGGAUUCACUGAAACAAAUGCUGAAGCUGACGAUGACACAGUUACGGCAGCUGUCACUGAAACCUCCACAGAAAUCAUCACUCACAACGUCACAGAAGAUGUCCCUGACGCAGCUACCGAAGCUGAAAUUGACAUAGCUACCGAAACUAACGAUGACACGUACACGGAAGCUCUCACUGAAACAGACAUCGAAGUUUACAGUGACACAGCUAUCAAAGCUGUCACUGAAAUACUUACCGAAGCUGAAACUGACACAGCUACCGAAGCUAUCAAUGACGCAGCUGCCAAACCUGACAAUGACACUACCCAAGAAGAUGUCACUGACACACCAAACGAAACUAUCACUAACACAGUUUUCGAAGUUGACGACGACACAGUUACCGAAGCAGUCUCUGAAAUCCCCACAGAAAUCAUCACUGACAACGUCACGGAUGAUGUCACUGACACAGCUACCGAAGUUGACACCAGCACCACUUACGAAGCCAGCGAUGACACGUCUACUGAAGCUGAUAAAGACACAGCUAUCGAAGCUGUCACUGACAUGCUUAACGAAUCUGUCACUGACAUAGCUACCGAAACUCAAAAUGACACAUAUAUAGAAGCUUUCCCUGACACAGCUACCGAAGCUGACAAUGACACUGCCCAAGAACUUUUCACUGACAAACCAACCGAUGUUUUUACUGACACAGUUACUGGAACUUUCCCUGAAACACAAAGCGAAACUGUCACAUACACAGCUAACGAAUCUGUCACUGACUUAGUAAAUGAAGCUGUUGCUGACACAGACGUAGACGUUUUUACUGACACACCUACGAAAUAUAUCACUGCCACAUCCACCGAAGCCGACAAUGACACAACUACCGAAGCCGAUAUUGACACACAAGCCAAAGCUUUCACUGACACACCUAACAAAGCCGACAAUCCUGUUCAGGAUAAAAGUAUUGUAGCUUCUGAGUUUAUAAAAAGUAACGACACUGACACAAGCAAGGAAGCCAUCAAAAAGACUAAGUACAGGGAUGACCUAGACAUUGUUUCAGAUGUAACUUACAACACCUAUACUAAGACGGAAGCAAAAGAAGUUCAGUUUAAAGAUGAUGACAGUACUGAACAUGAUACUGUAGACAAGGAUAACAUCGAAACUGAAGACGAGACUGAAGAUUGCCAAACAGAGCAAAAUGAAACUUAUUCAAACGAAACGUUUGAAGACUACACAGUAGAAAAGACUGACGCGCUCGACAAUGUAGAGAAUGAUGAUGAUUGUACAAACAACAUGUUUGAGCUCUUGUCAGCUGAUCACACCUUACCUGUUGAGGAUGACCAGACCAAAACAUUGACAGCUGAACAACCUGAAAGUAUCAAGCAGCGAGAUCUUGGGGUUGUUGCUUAUGACCAGAAUGACAGACUUGUAACAGAAUACCAAAUGGCGGAUGCCAAAGACAGAGUGACUGAAUAUUACAAUGAAAAGGAGACAGAAUCAACCAAUAAAGACAAGAUUGAGCCUGUAGAUGUUGACAACAUUGAAGACGUUACAAAUGAACAAAAGGGAACAAUUAUGCAAGGCAAUAUUACAGUUUUAACAAACUACUCUAGUGACAAAAACAUGACAGACAAGCAACUUGUUACUACCUCAGAUGAUCUAACAGAAGCAUAUGUCGACUCAGUACUUGUAGACGAGACUAUAUCUCUUAUAGAAAAAAUGGAACCAGUCAUAGAUGAACAAGCUGAAUUAGAAACAGAAGAAAAACCGGAAUCAGAGACAGAACAGCUAGCAGCAUCAGAAACAAAAGAAUUAGUCGAAUCAGAAAGUUCAGAACCAGCUGAUAUGGACGAAGAAAAAGAGGAAGACGAAGAAAAAGAAGAAGAAGAGGAAGAAGGAGCUGAAUCAGAAACAGAACAACUAGUUGAAUCAGAAAGAGAACAAGCUGAAUUGGAAACAGAAGAACAAGCUGAACCAGAAACAGAAGAACAAGCUGAAUCAGAAACAGAGGAACAAGCUGAAUCAGAAACAGAAGAACAAGCUGAAUCAGAAACAGAAGAACAAGCUGAAUCAGAAACAGAAGAACAAGCUGAAUCAGAAACAGAAGAACAAGCUGAAUCAGAAACAGAAGAACAAGCUGAAUCAGAAACAGAGGAACAAGCUGAAUCAGAAACAGAAGAACAAGCUGAAUCAGAAACAGAAGAACAAGCUGAAUCAGAAACAGAAGAAAAAGCUGAUCCAGAAACAGAAGAGCAAGCUGAAUCAGAAACAGAAGAACAAGCUGAAUCAGAAACAGAAGAACAAGCUGAAUCAGAAACAGAAGAACAAGCUGAAUCAGUAACAGAAGAACAAGCUGAAUCAGUAACAGAAGAACAAGCUGAAUCAGAAACAGAGGAACAAGCUGAAUCAGAAACAGAAGAACAAGCUGAAUCAGAAACAGAAGAACAAGCUGAAUCAGAAGCAGAAGAAAAAGCUGAUCCAGAAACAGAAGAGCAAGCUGAAUCAGAAACAGAAGAACAAGCUGAAUCAGAAACAGAAGAACGAGCUGAAUCAGAAACAGAAGAACAAGCUGAAUCAGAAACAGAAGAACAAGCUGAAUCAGAAACAGAAGAACAAGCUGAAUCAGAAACAAAAGAACAAACUGAAUCAGAAAUAAGGGAACAACCUGAAUCAGAAACAGAUGAAAAAUCUCAAUUUGAAACGGAAGAGCAAGUUGAAUCAGUCAAAGAAAAAGAAACUGAAUUAGUUUCAUACAAAAAUACUGAAUCAGUCACAGAACUAGCUGAAUCAGUCAAUGACCAAGUUAAUUUAGAAACAGAAGUCCUAGCUGAAUAUGUCAAAGAAACAGAUACUGAAUUUGGUGUAGACAAAAAAACUGAACCAGUCACACUAAAAGCUGAAUCACUAACAGAAGCAGCUGGAUCAGUCGAAGAAAUAGAAAAUGAAUUGAUUAUAAAAACUAAAUCAGUGAAAGAAAACGAAACCGAUUCAGCGACAUCAGAAGAAGAAGCAGAAGAAAAUAUCGAAAAUCCACCAAAGGGACAAACUACAACUUUUUCAGAAAGUCAGAAAGAAAUCGUCUUAGAGGACGAAGAGGUCGAAGUUUAUUCAGAAAACGAGACUGAGCCCGUUAAAUGCAUGUUAAUUGAAGCAGAAAAAACUUUGCCGUGUGAUGAAUCGACGGAUGACGAAAACGACGACGCAUCAAAUUCAACAGAAAUACUGAAAUACACUUCUGAUGACAUAGCGGAAGUUAUUGAAGAUGUCGAUGUUUCACUUGAAGAUGCGUCUGAAGAUCCCGAUGGCAGUUUGACAAUACUAGAGACUGGUGUUUUAGUCGGCACAACACAAGAAACAAUGGAAAAUGCAUAUGUAGAUGAAGUAAAGUUUUUUCUUGGCGUCAACUCAUUUAAAGAAGAGUCAACUGAUUUAAAAUCAGAUACUUUGAAUGAUAACUUUAGAGAAGGAUCAAUAGACAGAACUGAAUCAUUUACAGAAGAGUCGUCUGACAUUAUUUCAGAAACUGUGAAGAAUGAAAUAAGGGAAAGAUCCAUUGACAGAACUGGAUCAUUUGCAGAAGAGUCAUCUGACAGCAUUUCAGAAUCUGUUAAGCGGGAAGUAAGAGAAAAAUCAAUAGACAGAACUGAAUCAUUUGCAGAAGAGUCAUCUGACAGCAUUUCAGAAUCUGUUAAGCGGCAAGUAAGAGAAAAAUCAAUAGACAGAACUGAAUCAUUUGCAGAAGAGUCAUCUGACAGCAUUUCAGAAUCUGUGAAGAGGGAAGUAAGAGAAAGAUCAAUAGACAGAAUAGAAUCAUUUACUGAAGAGACGUCUGAAAAAAUUUCAGAAAAAACGAUGCAGCGCAGCAAGUCAUUAACGGAAGAGACAACAUAUCAAGUUUCAGAAGAGGAUAUUGACUGCAUCCUAGAAAAGGCAAUAGAUAGAACAGAAUCAUUCACGGAAGAGACUCUUCAGGGCGUUGCAGGGGAUGCAUUAGACAGU